GUUUUGUACGUUAAAACAUUAAAAUAAUAUUUUAAUUUUUAUAUUCCGCAAUAAUAAACAUACAAACGAUAUUAUACACCAUUUUUGAUUUAUUUACAACGGAAAUGACAAUGGAUCAGAAAACAUUCGAUGAGGCUGUGAACGACACCAUGGAUUUAUUAGAUAUGAGUUAUUCUGAGGCAUUAAAAGAUACAAUCAGUCAGUUUCAGCAAUUGGGAAUGGACAUGACCGGAAUAAAAAUCGACAUAGAAAAGGCCACAGACCCACUGUCAUCAGCACUUUUAAAAUUAAAAACUUAUUAUGAAACACCCUUAUGGGAUGAAUCAAUAAAGGAACAGAUUGUGAGUAAUCUUUCGAUUGUUGAAAAACAUUGCAAAACACAGGAUGGUCGCCGUUUAUCUAAAUUGAGUGGUGCUUAUAAUAUUAUCUGUGGAUAUCUGGAAAGACUUGCUGAACUUGAUGUUGAUCAAAAAGCACAAUUUAUUAAGGCGUUUGAUUCACUCCUUGGAGGAGGACAAGUUGUGUAUGGUAAAGCAUUAGACAUAAUGGUGGAAUUAUUGAAGAGCACUAAAGACGAAAAAGUGUUAUUAGCUCUAUUAUCCUGGUUCAAAACAAUUAGUGAACUUGAAGAUGAAAGAGAGGAACUUAGAAUUAUUGGUAUAGGCGAUAUUAUGAAAGAUAUUUUACAAUCAAAUUCUUCAAAUGAAACUGUGAUUAUUGCAACUUGCCAGUUGAUUAGAGCCCAACUACGUGAAGAUAAUUGUAGUGGAGAUUUCUCUAAUGCUGGGGAACGAUCACGACUUUUUGGUUGUGAAUUAUUGCUACCUCUACUUCAAUUAUUAAAUGAUGAUCAAAUAAUUGAGUUAGAAGAAGUAACUAGUGAAAUAUUCUUUACUUUAGCAACUAUUAUUGUUCGUUUCGAAUUUUGUCGUAAAUUUAAUGAAUGUGGAGGCUUGUUAAGACUUAAAUUAGCCAUGGACCGUCAUUGCACAAUGAGAUUGAAUUGUCAGGCAUUUAAACUUCUUAAAUCACUAGCUGGAGAUGAUAUUGUGAAAGAUGAUAUCAGAAAAGUAGGAUUUUUCCCACUCAUAUUAUCAGUCUUACAAAGACAUAUAAACAACAAACAACUAUGUAUUGAUGCAAUGAAAUUAUUGACAGCUUUAACAUUACGCUCUCCACAAAACAGCGCUGAAUUGACACAAUUAGGUAUUGCAGAACUCAUUGUUCAGGCAAUGAAAGUGCAUUCAAAUGAUGACAAACAUCAGAAACAUGCUUGUACAGCUGUCCGAAAUAUAGUUUCAAGGAACCGUGAACUAGCCUCAGAGUUUUUGGCACAUAAUAUUGAAAGUAUAAUUGAAAAAAUUAUAAGUCAAUAUAAAAAUUGUGAAUUUGAAGCUAAAAGUGCCUUACGAGAUCUAGGUUUAGAUGUUAGCUUUAAGGAACAAUGGACUGGUACUGGACAGAAUUUAUCAUCAUAAAUUUAUGUUAUUUAAGUUAAAAACCACUGUUCAAAUUCCAAUAAUUAUUAAUUAACAUAAUUUUUCC